AUGAGUGACUUCGUCGACGACGAGGCUCACUACCGCGACGACUGCCCGUCUCUGCCGGCGGACCGUCCGAUAGGCUUCCCACACAUCAUCGACCUCGACCACUAUGAGCUCGACGAUCCAGGGUACUUCAGCCCUACUUGCGCGGAUGGCGUAGCGACGUUCCUGUAUAACUGGAACAGAGAGCAGUUCCGUCGCUUCUUCGACCUAACUGAGGAGAGUUUCGAGCUGCGCUACGAUGCACCGGAGGGCUGCGUCAAUAAGAUGUGCAUCACUCGCAAGAAGAACGUUGUCACAGUCUGUAAUUUCAGUCAGGGAUACUACGAGGGAGUCUACGAUCAGCGUGAUCCGGAGGUCACCUUCGUCAUUCGCAAUAGUGGCAGAUGGGAGCCACAGUCGUUCCGUACGACCUGGGGUGAAGGAACAAAUUCUGAGCAUGUCGAAGAACUCGGAAAUCUGAUCACGACCAGCAUGCUAGACGAGAAGAUGUGGCAGUUUACUUCGUCCACUACAACGAUCACUGUGACUUAUUGGGGAUCGACAGGCCAGGAAGCGUACGUGACCCAUCAGCGUGCUUCUGCGAGCGAUGAUCACUAA